GCAUGCGUAUCCCGAACAGGAAGUAAAGUUGAGAGCCGCGUCAAACGUGAUACUGUUUGUCAAAGACGAACCCGGAACGCGAGAGUUAAUGUUGACUGAGGAUGAUGAUGUCGCGGGACCGGUUUUCUACCAUCAGCAAACAAACUGGCUGACUUAAACAUUUCGCUUUAUUUCUCCCAGGACCUCGCAAUCUUUCACUUCUACUUCCUGUUUACCCUUUGACCCCCGAUCUCUUAAAGGCACAUAAUGAAAUAAUCGAAGGCGAUCGAUUCAUUGACCGUGAAAUGUGGGAGAAGCUGUCCACGUCGAGACGUUCCUUGUCGAGCGACUCCGAGGAGAUCCCCGACAUGGAUAAGUGGUGCGAGGACUGGAUGUCGAAUUUGCCGAAGGAGCUGCUGGACAUCCCGCUGACCCACCUCGCCAUACCCGGAAGUCACGACACAAUGAGCUACUGCCUGGAUAUCUCCUCCCCCUUGGUGAGGUCUGAGUCGGACCUGUUUCGGGUGCUUGAUGGACUUUGCUGUUGCCUCACCAGGCCCACUGUCUUUAAAUGGGCCACCACACAGGACUGCUGCAUUGAAGACCAGCUGUCGAUGGGCAUCCGGUAUUUUGACCUGCGCGUGGCGCAUAAACCCGACGACCCAUCCUCAGAGUUGUACUUCACCCACAUCUUGUACACACACGUCACCGUCUUGGACACACUGCGGUCCGUGGCCACCUGGUUGGAGAGUCACCCCAAGGAGGUGGUCAUCCUGGCCUGCAGGCACUUCGAGGGGCUCAGUGACGCGCUACAUCACUUCUUCAUAUGCAACCUCAAGAAGCUCUUUGGCGCCAAACUCUGUCUCCGCCAGGAAGCGGACUGGUCCCUGCGGCGUCUGUGGGCGUCGGGUCGACAGGUUCUGCUCUCCUACGACGCCGAUGUAGCUUCCCGACAUGCCGAGCUGCUCCCCAGCAUCCCCUACUGGUGGGCCAACCAACACACGGCCUGCGCCGCCAUCAACUUCCUGGAGUGGAACAAGCAGCUUGGAAGGCCACAGGGUUUCUUCGUGGCGGGCUUAAACCUGACGGCGUACAGGAAGUACAUCAUCACCAACCCCAAGCAGUCUCUGCGCACGCUGACUUGGGCCCAUUGGCAGAGCCUGAGCGAGUGGGUGAAGCAGCAGGCCCCCGGCUCGGAACCCCACAGCCUCAACAUCAUCGCCGGGGACUUUGUGGGCCCGCUGCCCCUCUGCCCCCUCGUCGUGGGACUCAACAGGAAACUGCUGACGGACAAAAAGUGGCACGCAGAAAACGGAUGAUGGCACCGUGCUCGUGGACUCUUGCACCGGCCAACUGAGUCUGUUCGAUGAACAAUAUCAUUUUUUUUUUUUUUUAUCAUCGUGCACUAAAACAUACUGCUGACGUCAUAGAUAGCUCUCCGUGGUGGCCACAAUAUUAGGAACAACUGUCAGCAUGAUUUGAUUUGUCCGGCCGUCCAUCGAUUGUGUCACGCAGUAGCACGAUUCAUUAAAUUAAUUCUGCCGCCACAUCAGGGAAAAAAUACCGGGCUGUGCAAAUUUUUUUUUUUUUUUUUGGAUGGAUAUUUUGGUGGUCGCAAUAUUAGGAACAGCUCUCAAUAGGAUGUUUUUAAUGACACGUUUUAGUUGUUAAAUGUCAAAUGUAAUUGUGGUCUUAAAAGAAAAUAAUGUAAAACUGCAAUGAUGUAUCGAUACCAAAAUAAAUACAUUUAAAAUAUG